GUCCAACCAAAUCUCUAACCACGAUGCCGCGUACAGCAGAAACGGCGAGCUUCAAGUUCAACCACACGAUGUUGAGGGUCAAAGACCCGAAGGUGUCUCUCGCAUUCUAUCAAGAUGUUCUCGGGAUGGAUCUUCUCUCGGUCAAGGAAUUCUCGGAUUUUACUCUUUACUUCCUCGCAUUCAACCACGAUGGUAAAGAUCUCACUGCAGAAGAGAAAGAACAAACACGCUUCUCUCGGGAAGGCGUCCUCGAACUAACACACAACCACGGAACCGAAUCAGACCCCACCUUCCAAGGCUACUCCAACGGCAAUACCGAUCCCGGUCGAGGUUUCGGACACAUCGCGAUCACCGUCGAUGAUGUCGAGAAAGCCUGCGAGCGGUUUGAGCGGCUUGGCGUUGCGUUUAAGAAAAGACCCAGCGAUGGAAAGAUGAGACAUAUCGCGUUCAUUUUGGAUCCUGAUGGGUAUUGGAUUGAGAUUGUCCCGGGUGUUCUCAAGCUUUGAAUGGGCAGUAAUCGAAAUUGUUGCAACAUUGACGUCUUUGAUUUUC